UUACUGAUUCCUUUUCUGUUAUUGUUUGCAUCCAGCGCAUCUUUGAAGGUUACUCUUGCAUUUUCUCUUAGGGAAUGUCAUGGAUCUGAAAGCGGACUCUGUCGAGGUCCAAGGAAUGGAAUAAUGUCAACAUUGUUGCCGUUGUCUUUUCCCGUGAGGAAAGGAUUGUCGUCGUCGACCUUAGAAGAUGUUGAUUGCGCCUGCGCUACAACAACUUUUAGCGGGAAACCGUCAAAGCUUGCAAAAGGUAUAAAUGCACGCGAAGCCAUUCGAAACGGAUACAUAUUGAGCCUCGAUUCGGAAAAACUAAAAAUAGACGACUUGCUUGAAAAGAGAUCUGUAUCCAUCGUUGUUUUCUUGCGUUCGCUCGGAUGACCCCUAUGCCAAGAAUUCAUUCUUCAAUGGAGCAAGCAGAUGAAUGAAUUGAAAGAAGUGGGCGUGGAGCUUGUCAUGGUCUCAAUUGGCACACCAGAGAAUGGAAAAAAAUUGGUUGAUCAUUUGUCAGUUCCAGAAAUGUCAAAUAAUCUCUAUGUAGACCCGGAGAAUGCAUUGUACAACUCGCUCGAGCUUAAUAAGGGCUUGAAGGAAACAUUUUUUUCUCCGGGUACUCCUUUCAGUUUUUUGAGACGAUUCACGGAACGGGACGGUACCAAAGAACUAAGCGAGGUGUUGAAGAAAUGGAGUGCAGGUCCGUAGAAUUGUACAUAUUUGUUUUAGACGGAGGUAGUCUUUUCUCUCGGUGUUCACCAUCUUCACGGGCCUGAAACGAACUGACACUGUCUUUCUCUUUAAUACAAUUGGACCACAGCUGUGUAUCUCCCGCCUAGACAGGACCAAGCGUUAAACCAGGGCGGAACUUUUGUCUUCGAAGGUGAUCAAACUGUUUUUGCUCACUAUGAUGAAAGUACUGGAGCCCACAGCAAUAUCGAGGAAGUUAUUGACUUGGCCAAAGCUAGGCUGGAAGUCACUAACACAGCCA